AUGCGGAUUCAAGAGGUAUUUCAUGAGGCGCCAGAAGACCCUGUCAAUAAGAAUAGUCAGGGUUCCCGCCCAAACGAGCCGAAAGACGAAGAGAAGAAAGCGUCAAGUACGGAGAAGGCCCCCUCGUACGACUCCCAUCGACCGUAUUGCCAGUCUGAUAACAUCACGCAAAAGUCAGACAGCAGGGACAUGGACGUUCCUUUGAUACCUAAAACUCAUCAAAUCAAAGUGUUUACUGUAUCAGAUCGGAACAUACGGAAUUGCUACCAAGCACAGAAAUGGACCGCUUGUCUCACACUUGAGACAUGUGAUCUAUCUCACCUGAUGAAGGAGGGAUUUUAUUGGGAUAAGUCGUCCAUCGAACCUGAAAGCGGCUUCUUUCUACUAGACCAAAAGGAUCUGCCAGCGGACGAAUCUCGAGGUGGAUGGAAGUGUGCUCGAGUCUAUCAGUGCUCGAAGAUGAGAGAGGGCAUCAUCCAGUGGAAAGGACAGCUUCGGAUCUUAGCUCAGGAAUUGAAAACCUUGGCUGAGUUCAACUUGGAUAUACUCACUGUGGAUGCUAUUCACAUUAUGAGGGUAAGAGACUCUGAGAAUCGAGAUGUCUACUGGUAUUGCAGGUUGAGACCAGAGCAGAAUUGCAAUGCCUACUACGACCAUAUGCCCAUGGAGGGUUAUUGGCCCUGGCCGAAAAAGGAUGAGAUUCUUUAG